GUUAGUGUUCCAGACGUCCAUUCUGCAGCCAAAAGUGCCCGACGAAGCCCCACACGUUCUUCACGGCUUGGUUCAAUUUUAAUUAGGCAGCUGUCGCACCGUGCGCACUGACACUCACAACUCUAUUACGGACAACAACCAGAGCAUACGUUUUCCUGUAAGUUCGCAAAACGCUUCAUACGAAUGUGCGCCUAGGUUACUUCUGAAUGCCAUUCGGCCUUUUUAAGAUAGUCUAAGCUACAAUGGCGAACUCAGCACCAGUCACCCCCGGACAGCUAGUGCAGCUUCUACUUGAGUAUGGCCAGCGUGUGCGAGACAUCCAAGAGAGGGCUUGGGUUUACUCGCACCCAUCGUAUGUGGAAAGGGGCUUGCCGCUAUUGUUCUCCGCUAUGGAGCAGCACCCGCAGCUUUUCAAUGGUGGGAGCGGCGGCGACUCCAAGGCACAAAAGGAGUUUGUUCGCGGUCUUGCGGAGAAGGCUUCUACCUACGUAGCCGAGGUGCAGCCUCUCGUCUCAAGCCUCAAGAUCAUUUCGCAAAACUUCACGUCCAUCGGGCAGCUACUCGCCGAGCUUCACCGGGUUCUGGGGUCGCUGACGCUCGGCUCCUACCCGGACCUGCUUCAUCAGUACAUGGACACCUUUUGCGGCGCCGUGAAGGCGGGUCUGCUUCUCGAGGACGUCCCCCGGCGUGCCGUGGCACAGAUGGUGCAGCUGGCCUGCUCCCAUGUGGACAAGGAGGCGGCGGCGCCGCUGCUGGCGACCGCGCAGGACCCCAUCUUUUCGGAGCCCUCCAUGGUGGUCUAUCUGCAGAAGCUCUUCAAGCCCUCCACGCCACGCAUCGCCCAGGUGUUGGAGCUCGUCGUCGGGCCGGCCAUGAAGGUCGCCGAUAACUGCGAGGGAGUCGCCGCGGCUGGGCUGCUCGAGAUGCCCAUUGGUGUUGAUGCGGACAGCAGCGGCGGUGUGGGCUCGAGGAACGGCUCGGGUGCUGGUGAGGCAGAGACGUCACCGGCCAUGGGCAUGUUUGGCAUGACCCGACGGCAGGUCUACCCCUUCCUGCGCCACCGCGAGGCCAUUCGGCAAUGGGGCCUGCUGGGCUUCCUGGUGUUUCCAGAGCUCCUGCGCCAGAACGGCUCCUCGGAGCGCCUUUCAGUGUUGCUGGCGGACGGCUUUGCCCUUCACGUGUACAAGGACCGCAUUGCCUGCGCCCACCAACUGGUGCUGCAGCACCUGGGGCCCGCAAUGAAUGCGGCGCUCGGCACGGCUGCUAGCGCCUCUGCCGGGGGCAGCUUCACCACCUCGGGCAGCGGCCUGGGAGGCCUGCUGGGCAAGGGCAUGGCCAUCAUUGGCGGCGGCGUGGGAAGGUUGCGCAAGUCGCUCACGGAUGACAGCGACGCACCGGAGCAGCCGCCCGCGCCGCACCCGCUGCUGGUGGACGCGGUGUGCUCCGCCGUCGUGGCGGCGCCGCUGCAACACCGCAUGUGGCGCGCCUACUUGAUCGGCCAGCUGCGCAACAUUCAUGCAGCCUGCCUGGCGUGCCCGUCCCGCAUUCCGGGGCAAAUGGAGAUGCUGCUUGCAGCCUUGUCGCUGGGCCGGGAGGAGCUGCUGUGGUUUUGCAGGCACCAGGUCCGUGAUGUGCCGGCCGAGAUGGCCCCCAUCAUGGCCGCCCGGGGCCUCCUUAACGCCGGACAUCUGCGCAUGUGCACGGGAGACGACGAGCUGCAGGCGCUGCAGCUUCUGUCGGCUAUGGAUGCGAUGCACAGGAUUCUGGUCGAGAACCACUCGGCACUGUGCAAGCAAAUCAAGGAGACCAUCGGAGCUGACCUUCAGGCGCACGUCGUCACCUGCACGCCGCGUGUGGAGUUCCGUCUGCGCCAGGCCGCUGCGCAAACCGCCGCUGGGCCCACCGCACAGUCGGCUGCUGCUGCGUCAGGCCUUCAGCCUUUCAAGGACCUUUCCGACAUCCUGCGGAGUGUGCUGCUCAUCUCGUCACCUCCUCCCGACGCGGCUGCGCGGGUGUCCAGUGCCUGCGGCAUCUGGAUGUACGUCAGCCUGCAACUCGCCAGCAUCGACCCGCCCAUCAAGGCGGCCAAGGUGCUGCAGUACGCCGAAGACACGCGCUAUCUGGAUGUACUGCAAAAGUCGCUGGAUGCCGCCCGGCUUCUGUACGAGGGGCCGCUGCUGCACUUCUCCGCUGCUGACCUAGCCCCGGGGCUGUACCACUGCGUGGAACCGCUGCUGGACGCCGCCAGACGCAGCCUGGCUAGCGGCCGGUCGGACAACAUGCAGGCAGCACUGGGAGCCAUGCAGGGUCUGCACUGGCUCCUUCCAGCCCGCACGGAGGCUUACACGGCCGCCACGGGCGGUGUGACUUCCAGCGCGCUGCUGCUGCAACGCGUGUCGACCGGGAAUGGCGGCGCCUCCAACGGCGGCGCCAGCCGCCACCCGAGCAACGACGGCGGCAGCAGCGCGGGUCAGCAGGGCGGGCUGCUGUCGAGGUCUGCAAGCAACCGGCGGCUGCAGCCGCUCCAGCCGGAGGACCUGCCGCACCGCUGCAUGGACAUAGUGGUGUCGUGCUUGAGGCAGCAGUUGGACCCGGUAGUCAAGGCUCCGUUGCAUAUGGCGUCGGCCCGUUUCGACUUUGCCGUGGUCUCCAAUGCCAACCUGCUGGAGAACCCCGCAAACGGCGGCAACGUCCAGUCCCGCACCGCCAGCGGUAACAGCCUGGCCAAGGCCAUUGCUCCGCGGGUCAGCGGCGGCGGCAGUGCAGGAAGGUCCCUGACACCCGAGCGCCUGCGUGGAGACAGCGGCGCGUCUGCGGCGCAGCACCACCGUCGGCUGUCCCUUGACGAAACGGAGGGCCUCGCGUCUCGUGCCGUACCACAGCGGGCGCCAGUGCCUCGUGAUGCUUCGACCCUACCGGCGGCUGCUGACUUGGCGGCGAAGUUGAUGCCUCUGGUCCUUGCGCUCGACAACGGAAGGAUGCUGCACGCAAACGAUGGCCACAGCAGCCGCGCGGGCGACGCCCUCAUGCAAUGCCGUACCCAGCUGGUGGAGGCCAUUCGGGACAACUUCUCGCAGCUGCUCUCCACCACUGCCUCCGCCAUCACCCAGGUUGCCGUACCGGUGCCCUCUGUCCAGCUGGCGCCCCUGCGGCGGUUUGUGGAGGUGGUGUCUAUGCUGCAGCCCCACCUGGUCUCCGAGCUGCUGCCGGAGCUGGCCCGCCUGCUGCUGCAGCAGACCAGUGCGCCCACCCUUCAGACUAUUGGCUUGGACGCGACUUUCCUCGCCGGCGGUGUUCGCCCCGGAGCCCCCCCACCGUCCACGUCGGCUGAGGUUGCAGCUUCGACACAGACGCAAAAGGCCGAGAUCGCUAACCCGCUGCUGCAUUCCUCUUUGGCAACCCGCGGCGCUAGUAUCAUUAGCGCCGCGUCCAGUGGCGGCGGCACGCUCGGACCCAUGGGUCGGUCCUUGUCCAUCAACGCCCCCGCGCCCUCAAUCCGAAAUGGCACAGGGAUUGAGCAGAAUCAGAACUUCAGCCCAAUGACCGCAGCACUAUCUGCGUCCGGCGGUGGGUCAAGCAAUGGCAGCGGCGCAGCGGGUGCCCCAAGCACCGUCCUCCGCGCCAUCCACUCGUGGCUGUGGUCGCAUGUCGUCUUGGACGAGCGCCGUCAAGGUGUUUUCUACGAUGCCGAGGCGGGGGCAUUUGCCGCCGACACGACUGAGCCCCGCACAACUCCUAGCGCACUUACGGCGGCCACGAGCGUGCGGGAGUUGUCGCUUCUGUUCGAGCUCUUUGGCCCUUGCGCGGCCGCGGACCUGGCGCGAGGCAGCGAGCAAGUCAUCCAUUCCUGCCUGGAGCAGCUGCAGGCCUACCUAAACACCAACGCCUUACCCCUUCAAGAGCUGCUGGACGCUUCCCACCUGCCCCUUGACAAGCGACUGGCUGCCGUACAGCACGCCCUGCCCGCCCUGACCUCGCCGCCCUCUGCGGCCCCGGGCAGCCGCGGCCCCCAGAGCCUCUCGCCCCUUGUUGACGCGCUGCUACGCCUAGGUCGCUGCAUCAUGCUGCGCAUGCAGCUAGGCCGUGCGGCUGAGGCGGCCGCAGAUCGCGCCGCUGACUUCAUCACGCUGGCCUUGCGUGAGAUGGCUGCGCCUAUUGCCGUGUCUGAUGGCUUUGAGGUGUCUGCGGACGGCGGUGCGGAUUCGGGCAGCCAUGCAGGCAGCAUUGUUGCGGAUGCGGACCGGCGUCAGUGGCAUGCGCUGGUACGGCUGGCGUUCAAGGGCGUCGGCAGCACCGAGAGCAGCUAUGGUGGCUGCCUGCUUCCUUGCCGCGACGAUCCUCUGCUGACAGCCUACUUGGCUGCCAUGCUGCCUACCCUGGCAGCCGCCCAACGCUGGCACCGCCUGCCUGCGCUGCUGGCCGCGCUCAUGGCUGCACCGCAGUGGAACCCGAGCUCGGCGGCCGGCGUGGCCGUGGUCACUGCCAUGUCCAUGCCGCCCCGGCCCAACUCCGGCAAGGGCUACAGCGGGCUGCGCAGCAGCAGCAGCACAGGAGCCCCUGGAGCUGUUGUGACGUCGCUGCCGCUGUCGACGGUGCAGCUGCAGAUGGGCGUCAUCAGCACGGUGACGGUGGCGCUGUCGCUUAGCGUGCAAGCUGCCAUGGCGCAGGCUCUCCACCCCGCUGCCGGUCAGUUCCUUCUGGGCUGCGGCACCCCUGCAGCAGCCAUGUUGUGCUCUUAUCAGCGCAUCGCCCUCGCCGUCUCCCAGGUGGCAGCCAGCGGGCCCGGCAGUGAAUUCACCUCGGCCGCCGCAGCCGCCAAGCAGCGCGUGUUGGCCUGCCUGGAGCAGCUGCCACUGCUGCGAGGCUACAAGUACGCACCCGCGGAGAGCAGCGCUGAGGGUCUUGAGGACGGGGAGGAGGCGCGCGGCGAGGGAGGGGCGCAGCUGGGUGCCGCGCCGCAGGAGGGUGAUCAGGCCUGGUGGGCUAGCGGAAACGUGCUAUCGAGCAUUAACGGGGUUCCUCAGGGCCCGGCGGCGGGUGGGGAGGUUGGGGCGUGUGAGCCGUCGCUGGCUGAGGGGCGCUGGUCGGGUGAGCUCGACGCCUGGCGCCCGCCUGCUCGCCUGCUGCCGUUGGUAAUGGGUCAGGUCGGUUAGGGCUGAUGCGUGCUAUACAUGCCAGGAGGAGCAUGGGUUUGGUUGGACCGUGGGAGGAGUAGGCGGAUCGUUGCAGGCGGAUAUGAGUUGGCAGGCGUUGUAGACAGAGGAUAGUUGUAGGACGUACACGAGAGGUUGGUCGGUUGGUUGGGGCCAUUGCCCAGAUGCGUUGAGUCCGCAGACUAGGUCUUAGGGUAGGCGAGCGCUUUUACUGCGGCCAUUGCCCGUAACUUGAUUUAUAUCUUUACGUCGUUUGGAGUAGGAUUGAGCACGCGGGGUGCAGUUUACUGUCAAUAUCCAGACCAGGUAGCCAGUUGCCCAGUUGCCCCCAGCUUGCAUGCCAAGUCGAACACGUGUUUUGCGUUACCCAGAGGUUAGGUGUCUGGACAAAAUGACCCCUAGGGGUCAUGUGUUUCUCUCCCGUUCAAGCAUUUUCAGUACGUGUCGCGAUCCCCGCCCCAAUACACAGUGACAUCACGACCGGUUAUGGUACCCCUUGGUUCAAUCCUAGCUUUGUAACCUGUUGAGUAUUGUACCCGUCUGAACGAUAGCUUUUGUCUUCUUGACGUGCUUGUUGAUUUUCGACGAUUCCCUCACGUCUCCAGUGAUCAUGGGGCUUGCACGCUAAGCGAAGCCAGCUUUGUUUGCAUUAAUUUGUAACGUCUC